AUGAAUCCUGAGUGCAUCGGAGCUGCUGUUCCCCUGCCUACUGCAGACUGGCUACUGACGCUACUCUCUCCGCACAAUAGAUACGACUACCUCUUCAAGCUCCUCCUCAUCGGUGACUCUGGUGUCGGAAAGUCCUGCUUGCUGCUCCGUUUUGCCGACGACACAUACACUGAGAGCUACAUUUCGACCAUCGGUGUCGACUUCAAAAUCCGAACGAUCGAGCUCGAUGGCAAGACUGUAAAGCUGCAGAUUUGGGAUACCGCCGGCCAAGAGCGUUUCCGAACCAUUACUUCCUCCUACUACCGUGGCGCUCACGGCAUCUGCGUCGUCUACGAUGUCACCGACAUGGACUCAUUCAACAACGUCAAGCAGUGGCUGCAGGAGAUUGACCGAUAUGCUACCGAGGGUGUUAACAAGCUAUUGGUCGGCAACAAGUCCGAUAUGGCGGACAAGAAGGUUGUUGAGUACACCGUAGCAAAGGAAUUUGCAGACAGCCUUGGCAUUCCAUUCCUCGAGACCUCCGCAAAGAGCGCCACCAACGUUGAGCAAGCUUUCCUGACCAUGGCCCGCCAGAUCAAGGAGCGCAUGGGUACCACAACCGCCAACACCAAGCCCACAGUCCCCAUCGGGCAAGGCCAGGGUGUGCAAAGCGGAUCCGGUGGCGGUUGCUGCUAGAGAAGGAAGAGAAGAGUUCAAAUGUGUCGGAGAAACGUAUAAGCGUUCAAUGAGGAGCGAGAUACGACGUGGAUGCCUGAUUUCCGGUCUCUACAUGGCGAUUGCGAGAAGCAAAGUGGUACUGCCCUAGUGCGCACUGAUACAAAGACGGCCAUGAUCUCUCCUUCGUCACCGUCUCUCCCUCUCCGUCUCAAGCUUUGUGCUAGCAUGGCGACACGGAUCGCAUAGAAUGGGGGCUCUCGUUUGGAUUUCCGGGAUAUGCUGGUUUCUGCAUUGCAAUUUGUGAUGGCCGCUAGGUCCUCUGU